AAUUACUCAUUGUCAACAAAAAUGGUGCCAUUAAAAAUGUGCCGGUAUCUCUCAUCAGCUCAGAGUAAAUGACAUGGAGUUACUUUCAUGAAAGUGCGAUCUUGUGCUUGACGAAAAUCAUUGCCGCACACGGAAGUGUCGAGCUUUCUCUCUCUAAUCAAUAGAUCGAUAGAAAGAAUCAACGAAGUUUGUGAAUGCUGCCGCUAUUUUCCAUCUGUAGCUCGGACUGGACCUACCCUGUUAGGUUGGAUACCCAAGAACGGCAGACCAAACUCGUCCGAUGUGAGUUAUCACACUUUUGAAACAUGUUCACCCCAAACUUGGGCCCGGAAUCAUCUAGUCAGAAUCGUAGUACGAGCAACCUCACGGGCGGCAACGCUAGACCCAAAAGACUCUUACCCAUCAUUGACCCGGCGUGCAAUCCUGUUCUGGGGCCAAUCUUCGUCUACCAGAGCGUCCGUGACGACCCCAUUGCAUCCCCAUCACCACUUGAGCCUUCUUCGUCGCAUCACCUAAAUUGUGCCCCCGAGCCCCAAGAGUCGCACUGCACUUCACUUUACUCGGUGGACACAAGUGACGGGGAGGAGGAGGAGGAGGUGGAGGAGGAUCUUUCGCCCUUGCCUUCCCAUGGCCAUUCACCAAUCCCAUCAUCUCGGCCCUCGUUCUACGCUUCCUCCUCGACUGGAACGACUUCAGCCGCUAGUACGGCUACUUCAGCUACUUCUGCUACUCCCACAACUUCGACUUCGAGUGCUUCUCCUUCUUCGCCUUCAAACAUUAUCAUAGUGGAAUCUCCCAAACGUCAAUUCAGUUUCAAAUCGCCCGUCUGUGGCAACGUAGCACACCAACAGACUCGACGAACAAUACUUCAAAGCCGAAGAGUGGACCUUCGAGCUACAGCGAAACAGGGUCUGAAAGAAGACGUGUCGCCCCAACGAGCCGAAAGCCAGAGACCUUUAAAGUCUUCGGAAUCAGGCGGAAGCCCUAGUGACUUUUUGAACAAGUGUUGUCUGUCCUCACUCGUGAGCUCCCAUUUCGUAGCCCUUCAAUAUUCUUGCCCAGUCCUUAAUCUAUGUCAAAGUACAGCUAAGAUGCUAAGCAUGAGUUACAAAGCUCAAACCGACCUCUUUACUAGGUCACUUCAAUCCAGAUUGGAAUACUUGGGUGAUCCCGAGUCUGAACGCGUUUCCGAGCCAGACGAAUCCGGUUUCAUCAAUUGGCUAGAACUUCGACCGAAAAAGGAAGUCCUGAAAUUCAUUCCCGCCCCAGGAACCACGUUCCCUCCCAACAGAUUCGCCCAGUUUGACCUCUUCCGAGCUAAAUUUCAUUCUGAAUCCGAUCUAAGUCCCAAACAUAUGCCCUCAAAUGCGCCUGCUGGAAAAUUGCCCAAUACCGAUUGCCUUCAUGAAGAGGAUCACCAUUUGAACACGCAGAAAGAUGAGGCCGAUGAAUCCGCUGAUAGUGAUCUCUUCUUCGACUUCGACAUUGGAUCACCCGAGGAAGAUGCUGUGCUUCCGGACAGUGACGACGUUCGGGAGAACAUGCUGCUUCGGAAUAAGGCCUGUGAUUUGGAAGCAACUUUGCAAGACGAAGACGACAUCUCCUCGAAUGAGAGUCUCAGCCCCAGAAACAAUCUUCGGAAAGCUAAUGAGGCCUUUGGAAGCGCCUCCUCGGGGCUCUGCAGUGACAUGGAGACCUUGCAAUCUGGGUCAUAUGAGACGAGGCGGUUUGAUGACGAAAAUGACGAGCUCAAUGAAUGCAAGUCAAUUGAUCCCGAGGAUUGGCCCGCUCAUAAAUUGCUUCACUUUGACACCAGCUCAUUUGGAAGCGCAAAUUCCACGCCCAAAGCGGCGCGGAGUCCCAUGGGAGAUCGUUCGCCUUCUUCAGGAGCUUCUCUCGUCGAAGCCGAAAAUGAGGCAACUACAAAGGAAGACGACCAUGAAACCAUGUUCCAACUCGAAACCGAAGAGCCAGACGUAGCACGCCAAACCACCGAGAAGGAGCUCAACCAAUCCGAAGAGGAUCUUGAAAAUUCGGCUCAGAACAAGGGCAGGGAAGGGAUUUCUAAAGAUGCCAAUGAUGAAGAUGAUGAAAAUGUGAUGAAAGAUUUCACAAUCUACAACGGGGAGGCGCGUCAUAAGGUGGCCAAUUCUAAGCUGAAUGCCCUGAUAUCCCUAUUGGAAAAAGACCGGGAAUAUUCGAGAAACUCCUCCAGACAGUCCUCUGUGAGGUCCUCCAAGGAAGGAAGUCCCCAAAAAGAGAGCUCUCCUCCCAAAUCGGCCAUGCGAAAGGGAUUUCAGUCGAGCUUGACUCCCAUUGCCGCCUCCCCAGCCAAUUUCUCAUAUCUAUCCUCAAAAUCUAACAUGGCCUCCAAUGCCUCAUCCUCGUCGGAAGAUAUUCAUUCAGUCCCGAGCUUCAAAGCUUCUAUUGCCAGAUGUGAAUCCACUCCAGUCCUAUCGGGACCCGAUCGGGCCUACAUGCAAUCGCCUAAGAUGCCCCGAAAGACAUCCAAUGCUGAUGUGACAGAGGAACCCGCAACCAUCACAAAAGACACCAAGGUGGAGGGGAUGGAGUUGCCCGAGCGUGUUCGACGAGCAACUUCCCUGAGAUCUGGAAAAACGCCCCCUGGAACACCAGGUCGCAGGAAAAUUGUCAGAUUUGCCGAUGUCUUCGGUUUGGAUUUGGCGGAUGUCAAAACCUUCUUGGAUGAGAUUCCCAAGGUACCGAAAAGUGCUUAUAAAGACUUGAAGGACGUCGAUCUAAGUGAUAUUGAAAGCGACACCGGCAGUUCAGACAGUUCUGCCAUGUCUCUCCGGAAGAAGAAAGGCUUCUCCAACCGGAGCUUACCCAUGUUGCCCAACCAAGAGUUACCCUCAACCUCGCUUGUGCCCAUGUUCAGUCAACCCGGGGGUUUUGCAAACUUUUUCGAUCUUCUUAACACGAAGAAAGUCUGCCUCGAAAACGCCUACAUGGCCAACAAAUCCGCCAUUCAAGGCACCAUUCGGGUUCAGAAUCUCAGUUUUCAAAAGAAGGUGCUCCUGCGGUACACAACCAAUGAAUGGGUCACCAGUUCCGAUCUUGAGGCCACAUACAUCGACGGAUCUUGUGAUGGGUUCUCGGACAAAUUCACGUUCCACUUAGGAACAGCCGCUCCUCUUUUGGUUGGCCAACGAAUUCAGUUCUGUCUUUGCUACCAAACCGGUGCGGAGGAGUUCUGGGACAAUAAUGUUGGAAAGAACUAUGUCUUCCAAUGCUUGGGUGUGGCCGGCUCGAAUAAUGUCAAAGCCCCCUCUUCGAAUGCCAUCCCACUCUCCACGCCCCGCCAUUCAGCCCCUCACUAUGGCGGUUCCGGCGGAUACUCCCAAUCCCCAUCGGCCCUAAGCGAAGACCCCUGGCUCAGAUACCUGUGAAGUCAAACGCGCACACACACACACACUCACACACAUUAAAACUUCACGAGCAAAAGCUGAAUUGAUGCUUUUCAGUGCUGGAAGACAUUACAAUUGUUCUAACAUGAAUCAAAAGAUAGUUUUAGGAGUUACCAUCUUCAUCAUCACCAUCUUAUUCAUUCGCUGAUCGGAACCUGGUGUGAAACUACCGAACUGCGAUUUUAUUCUUAUCAUCUCUACUGAUCACGUGCUCGCUUGACUUUUCUCGCGUGUAACAAUGCAAGUUCAGCAGCAAUCCGAACACCCUUCUUCUCUGAAAUAUUGGACGACUCAACCAACCCCAAUACCAUUCGAUUGAUGCAUAUGUAACAUUUGUUUGGUAGUGAAAUCGUCUACUUGAACAACAAUGUCGAGCUGUGAAAGUGGAUAUAUACAUUAUAUAUUCUAUUACAUCGUAGUCAAAAGAAAAAGAAAUAUCCAACAGCAACUUAAAAAUGCAAAGACUGAUUGAAAAAGAAAUUACUUCAGAGCUAACAAGCUGUGCUCAAAUUGGCUUCACUAUUACAUUCGUAUUUCAUGACAUGAGACACAUCCAGAUCUUCACUAUUAGAUUAUUUUCUUCAUCAGAGUUUAUUAAACAAAGUGCUGUCAAGCCCUCACUGUUUGUACAUAUUAUUAUUAUUAUCAUCAUCAUAAUUAUUACUUCUACCCGAAAGCAGCCAUGAACAAAGCCCCCAUCUCACAACACCCCUGAGACAUUGACGUGUACAGUAAAUGAAACGCUUCUUGAAAAAAAGACCCCCGCCCCUUCCCUUUAUAUUAAUUGAUUCUGUAAAACAUUUUAUUUAUUCCUUUAGCCUUUUCCUUCUCCUGUCGAAUCCAGCCUUCAUUGCUGUUGUUCGGACUCGUGUAACUCUCGAAACGUUUUUAGCUUAACUCUGAUCCAGUCAAAACGAGACUACGGCGAUUCGUAGUGUUAUAUACAUACACAUACGCUCUCUCUAUCUAACGAUGCCUAACGGAUGUGAUGUUAGAUUCCGAAUGCACGAUGCCUCUUGUAUAAGCUCGGUUAAUAAUGCAAUGCGUUAAUAAUGACGAAUCCAUUAAAAAAAGACAGAAAUAUAAAUAUGAAGCUGAAGCUGAGAAAGCCAACAA